AGAUCCGCAUGAAGCUGCUGCCGCUGCCUGGUCAGAACCGCAGCUCGUCCGGGGAGGGAAGUUUGGAGCCAACAGAGUCCAGGACAAAAGCUGUAACGGUUUCGUUUACCUGAUUUAUUUCACCCACAGAGACCCGGAGCACCGAGUCCAGCGGAGAAAGAGCAGACUGAGUCCGUUAAAGUGCGCUGUUUGUCGGGCUGAGCCUCGGUCUAGUCUGAACUUUAACGAACAUUUUUCGGAGUCUUUUCUGCCUCCAUGGAAGAAGCGGAAAACCCGCCCUGUGCUCAGAGGUAACGGGGACUUUAACUUAGUUUUUAUGUCUUAAAAACCCGUAGCAUUAUUUUAAAAGCAUGAACAGUUAUUUUUAUAUUCAUUCAUAAUCUAACCGAACAGCACCAGGUGUUAACGGUACCGCCAUAAUGAACGGCACCUUUGAUUUAGCUCUUUUAAUAGUAGCCUACCAUAUAUGUGACUGUACUUUGAUAAAACUACAGCUUUAAUAAUAAAGCAUCAUUGUUGUUUGAGCUCAUUUCAGUGGUUUGUAAGCUACUUUACAGUUCGAUGGUUAAUCCUAUUGAAUAUUCACUUAUUUAGUAUUUCACAUUAUUUCAUUACCCUGAUGAAAAUGUAACUCGUGUGUUCAUCAGGAAUCUGUUUUUGUCCUUUUUUAAUGUAAAAACUGUCAAAAAUGCAGGUCCAGAAAAGUGCUUGAACAUAAUUAACAUCAAGCAUCCUGAUGUAAAAUUAUUUAAUGUUUCACUGCUCAGUUUUCAUCAUCAGUCCUCCUCUAUCUAUCUAUCUAUAAUGACAUAACAUUUUUAAAAUUUAACAAAUCUAACAACCUCAGUUUGACCUUAAAUAAAAAUAUUUGAGUUAAAAAAAAAACUAUCUUUUACAUUUUAUUCAUCAAAAUCAACACAAAACUCCAAACUUUUGGUCUUAGAUUUGAUGUUUUUCCAGUUGUGUUGGUUCAGAUCUUGUAGUGGAUCUAUACUAUGACAAUAAUGGUCUGGUUAAUUCAUCUGCUGAAUAAAUAUGAGUUAAAAUCAUCUCACAUGUCGGUGCAAGAACGGAAGUUAUUAAAAGUUUGAAAAACAAGUUGAGAAACAUUUUUAAUUGAAUUUGAAUGUUUGUUAUUUUCUGCAGAUAGUUUCUGCACAUCAAAAGUUCCCCUGAUGAUCUUGCAGGGUUGAAGUUUCUUCUGACUCAGAGGUGUAAAAUCAUAGACUGUAUAUAGAAUAGAUGCUGUCUGCCUCCUCGCUAGGUGAAGUCACUCCGAGAACAACACUCUGUUGACUGGCUGCAGUAUUGGUCAUAAGUCCCGCCUCCUCCAGCAAUCCCUAUGGAGCUGUGGACAAACUUUAGAGAUUUACCUUCUUGACCUUCUGUAAGAGUCAAUAAAGUUCAUGGUAGUUAUUAAACUUGCUGUUUUUGUGCCUUUCAGAUGCAGUUGCUGAAAAUCGUGCAGAGAGAGAGAGUCGUCUGCUGCAGGCCUGAGACCUCGGGGUCAAAGUUUUAAGGAUGAGCCCUCCUGAGGUUUUACGUCAUCAGUUUUCAGAGUCUUCCUCCAGUGAUGCUCUUUAGUGGGAGAAAAGUUUUCCUGCAGGAUUUAUUUAGUCUGAAGUCUGAGACAAACAGGUGUGUGGAAAUCACUCUGCUGACCUGAACACCUGAGCAGACGGACUCCUCUUACUUUUGGAUGUUGUUUUCUCCUCCUGUCGUCCUCCCGCUGCCUAGACGACAUCACAGAUAGCGGCCAAUGUCUGCUGAGAACAGCCCGCCGCCGCCGCCGGCCUCCCCGCGGUCUUUCUCGACCCUCCCUCAGCAUGCCUCUCCACCCACCCCAUCACCGUCCCCCAGCCCGCCCGCCACCCUCUGCAGCCGGCUGUCCAACGGCAGCGUGACGGCCCCGAGCCCCACAAACUCCAGAGGCUCCCUCCAUGGCGUCUCCUUCCUGCUGCAGAUCGGACUCACCAGAGAGACGGUUACGCUGGAGCCCGGGGACCACUCACUGUCGGCCGUGAGGGAGCUCGUCUGCUCCAUCGUGGACCAGAAGGUAAGUCAGAAGAUCUCUUUGUAGCUUUGUUGGCUCAGACGUUGAAGAUGAGAGGCUCGUGUGGUUCUCUGGGAUUGCUGAGUUUUUGGUCUAGGAUUCACAAAAAUGAGAGCUGACCACUUUUUGCCCCAAAUUAGAGAAACUUUAUAUUUAUGCACAUUUGUGAGACCUUUAUUUCUAUGCAGACUGAGGGUCCUCUAAAACUGCGAAACCCCAAAACAGCAGAGCUCAACUUGUGCUUGUAUCUGUGCUCGUAGAUAUUUGGUUUGCUCCUCGUACAUCCAGAUCCACAUAGACUCUUAAAUUGUCGAGGUUGCGGGGCUCCUCAUGGACAAACAUACCUGAUAAGUCACACACUUGUGAGUGGAGUCUCUGUGUGUCACUGUAGUCCCUUUAGUUGUCUAUCAGAGUCCUCUGUCCAGUAUGGGUCUACCUAAAACAUUCUGAGGGUAUGUGCUAACAAGCAGGGGCGGGUCCAGACCUUUUAGACAGGGGGGGCUUGACUAUGUGAGUCCAGACAUCAGUAAAUAACAUUUUAUUAUUACCUGCAACAUCAGCCAUGUAGUGAAUGUCACAGAGAGCUGCUCUCUGACAGGAAAAAAACAGCCAAAUAAGAUGAAGUUUGGAGUUUUAGAGUUUGGGGGGUCCUGCUCCGUACAAAUUCUCUAUAUCAUAGAAAACUAAAACCAGCACUGGAACCGAAACAGAGUGUUUUUGAACAAAUAAAAACUAAAAUCCAGCUGUAAAAACUCAGUGCUACUCUGGACUCUGGAUCAGAAGGCCAAAAUAAAAUAAAAACACAGACUGAUGAAAAUGUCAAAGUUACUAAAACCUUCCUGCAGAUUUAAGCUGUUGUGGCCAAAAUCAGAUGUAAAUACUAAGUUCUCAGGAAAAAGUUUCUAGAAACAAAAUGUGUUGCUGAUUUAAAGGUUGCGUGUGUGUGUGUGGACCUGUCGGGUCAGUGUAACGUGAAAUAAAAAGUACCAGAAACAAGACAAACUCACAGGGUCAGAUUAGAGUGUUUUUGCAGUCAAGACUUUAUUAAGCAGCGUUGUAAUAGUUGAUUAAAAGCUUGAUUUUUUUUUUACUCUGCGACUGGUGCUCCAUAAAUAACACUAAGAAGAAACUUGAGGAGAAAAGAAAUAAAAGUCUUGGUGCUCAAAGAUCCUCUCAGUGACAGUAACUUACUGUAGAGUUACUGUCAGCUGUUCUCUUCAUCCUGACUGUAUCAGCAUCAGCCUGCCAGGAGUUUACAUCUUUGCUCACAGACCACAAGGAAAGAUGUCCUCAUGUUUACUGUGAACUCCUUCAACUUCUGUUUUUAAUCUCUAUAGUUUAUUUAUUAAUCUGGAUUAAUACCGAGGAAUCUUUGUAGGUGUGAAAAUUCAGACUUCUGCUCUCAGACCUUAUCUCUCACCAUCUUUCUGGUUUUACCGCUCGCUCUGAACGCACCACCUGUUUCUGCUUCACUCCUUUAUGUGCAUUUCCCUCCCCUCCACCAGAGCAUACACACACACACACACACUCUCUCUCUCUCUCUCUCUCUCUCUCUCUCUCUCUCUCUCUCUCUCUCUCUCUCUCUCUCUCUCUCUCUUCUGGUGUCUCAGAGGAAAGUUGCUGCUCUCAUGUGAAAUCUUUCUGUUGACUCUUGAAUUCAAACAAAUGUUGAGGUUAAAAUCACCCUCCUGGUUUUAAGUCAGACUAAAGUUUCCUCUCCUGAUGGAUGCAUUGUUGUCUUAGUCUUCUUAAUCUCUUUCUCAGAAUCUAAUCUGAGAUGGACGUCCUUCACGUGAACACAGUAAACGUUUGUUUCUUUGAACAGCUGAAACUGUUUCCUGGAGUAAACUCACUUUGCUUCUUUUCCUGCUGCUUGCUUUGUGCCCAAACAUCUCAGCUACCUGCUAAUUUCCUCCACUGAUGGUUAAGACCGAGCACAUUUCCCAGCAGGCCUCUCCUGUGUGAGGAAAAGGUGGGCUCCAGUUUGGCCUACAAAAUGACAUCAUCACUGAAAUUUACUCCUUCCUGCUUUUGUGUCCAAACCAAGAAGCUGUGAGACGUUUAAGGCUUCAGGUCCAAAUUACCGCUGUUAUAUCAUUUGUGUGUGUGUGCGUGUGUGGGGGGAGUAGGGAAGUUCCCCUCCCAUGUAAGUCGCCACAUUGACCACCUCCUGACACACAAACACACAGACAGUCCCCUCCUGGAUUAUGUAAUGAACUCUCCCCUCUUUAUUUCAUCACUCUGACUGAAGGAUUUGAGCCUCUAUCAGUUCAGAGUUUGAGUUAAGCAGUGAAGGAAGAAUCAGUCUACAGAGUUAGAUAGGGGCGGUUACCAAUUAUACAACCACAAAUCCUAAAGGCAGGCCAGUUACGCAGCAGGACUCUUCUACCACAGAGCCAUGCUGUUGUAAUCCCUGCAGAAUGUGGUUUGUCUUUGUCUGAAUGACCUUUUUUCCCCUCAGUAACAGUAAGAAUUAUUCAGUUUCUGUAUGUGAUGUGUUUUCUUAGCUCUAUUUGCAGUUACUGUUUCGUUAAAUGAUUUAAAAACCAUCAGAUUCAGUUUUUCAAACACCUUUCUCUCUCUUAUCUUUUUCGUAACUGCAGUCGUUGGAGAUUAUAAACCUUAAACGAAUCUGUAGGGAAAAAAGAAAAAUCACCUGAACCUUCACGUUCAACAUAAAUUCACGAUCUUGCUUCUCGUUGUCUCGGUGAUGAGUCCUCAGCUUCACUGGUUUCUGUGGUAACCAAGGCCAGGCAGAGAUGUACAUGCCGGUGAGAGAGUGAGAGUUUUGUUAGUAAUGUUGUAGUGAUGCUCGACCGCCCACAGAUCUGUUAAAGGCUCCACUUACACGGUGUGACAGACCUUCAACUGUAGCUGUCCUGAUUGUCAAACGCGAUUAUGUUCCUGAUUUCAUUUAAUCUUUGCUCGGCUACUUUUGAUUGAGUACAAAAACUUUACAAUGUCUGUUCAAAGAAAAAAUCAGGGGAAGAUGAUGGUGUUUAAUUUGUUCAGCUGGGUUGAAUCCCAUGAGACUGUGCAGGAUUCAUGAUCAGAAAAGGUAGUUUUCUCUGAAAUGGAUCUUCAGGUUUUUAACUACAGACUGCACAAAUGCUGUCUCACCUGUACACCUGAAAGGACAUGACGAAAUGAACUGAGCUACUGUCUACUGCAGUCUUUCUCUCCCACUGUCACCCUCUCAUUUGCUUUAUUAACCUGAAUAACUAGAUGAUUGUGAGUUUUGGAAAAAGAUUUGUAGUUACAUUUUCUUAAACCUAAACUACACCAUUAUAUCCACUCUUUCAUACUUUCAUAAAAAGAAAUUAAGAGGCAAAAAUUCUAAAAUUUGGAUUUUAAAAACAGUCAUAGUUUUUUAACAUAUCAGAGGAGUAUUUAUACUUAGUGUGAGUUUAAAGACCUUCUCCAGUGUUUUUUUGAAGGUUUUCAAAGCAUUAUCAGUGGUCUUUAAAUUAUGAUUAUGAAGUUUUUACCUGUGUCAUUUUCAAGGACUUUUCUUCUGCUUCUGCAGAGCUCCAGUAGCUCAUUAGCAAUUCACCUCUGAGUUAUGGGCGGAGACAGUGCUGCUCUACACCCCCCUCUUCAUGCUAGCUUGUAGCCUAACAUUGAACACUUAUGUCUUUGGGGGCAUGAUAAAAGCUAAUAUCAUAAUUAACUUUCUAAUGAGCAUUGCAUCCGCGAACACACACACUUGUUCUGCCAUCGUCUUCUCUACAUCUUGGGAUCUGGCCUGCAGAGCGGGGCACCAGGGCCGGAGCUUGGACUUGUGAUGUAGAAAAUCUCACUGUGUCUGAACCUGCCGUUUUGGUCUGCCAGAGGUUCACAGCGAUAUGAAAGCAGAAAUACUUAGAAAUGCAGUUUUGCUCUUUCUCAUGAUAUGUCCUCUAGCAUCAGAACAAUGCCAUGAACAUGUAGACAACAAGAAAAACAUGAUUUUGAUCAGAGUGGGUCUAUAAGUAACUGUUGAAAUGAAUAUAAUGCGGGCACUUUUUCCCCUGAGUUGAGCUUUGCAGGUUUUGCAGCUUUUUUGUUGCCUUCCUCUUUGAAACUGAAACUAAAAAACAAAGACCAUACUGAGUAUAAAAGUUUCUGUUGUUGGAUCAGUUUAAGGAACAGCAUCCAGCAUUGAAAAGAAGUACAGUCCUGCAAGUCUGGACUCAGGGAAUAAAUGACUCAGGAAGAGUCUCAUUUAAACACAUUAACCAUUGCACUUUAUCUUAUAAUGUAAAUGACUUCUAUAUCCUGCUCCUGCUGUACCUGUGGAUCAAAUAUGAACCAGGAAGAAUUCCUUUUUUUAUUUGAAUCUCUAAUAUUAUCUGAUCAGAAAAUAAAGUGUGUCAUUGUUUGAUAUUUACUUGAGUCUGUCCAGCAGGUCAAAUCUAACCAGGAUAUCUCUGACUCAUUAGCAUCCAAAUUAUCAGGUGACCAGCUCUAUCCACUAUCCAACAGUUUGAAAGUUCCUUCUAUUUAAGCUGCUUUAGCCUAUUGUCACUGACGCUCCUCUGUAUGGGCCGGGUCUUUGCUGCUGCUCUGCCUGCCUUUGCUUUUCAAAUAUGUGCUCUUCCCGCCUAAUUCUUAUUGUUUAAGCGAUGAUAUCAAGCAAAAAUUGAAUAUUAAAUAAUGUCUUCAUGUGAACUGAAGGGGUUCCUUGCUUGCUAACACCUACCUCAUACACUGUGUUUUGACUGUAUUCAUAAUAGUUAUUUGUAUUGAGAUGAUGAAUUCACUUCCAUUUGUUGCAGCCAACAGGAAACAGAGGUGAGGUGUGUUCUGCCUUCCUCCGCCUUUGGCACAUGUGUCUCUUCUGUAGUUUGCAGAGCAGUUUGCAUCCUUCCUCUUCGGUUUCUUUGCAGCGUGAGCAUUGGGGUUUUGCUUCCCUGUUUUGUUCUGGUUCAGCUGGCAGUCGUGGAGCCCCAUUUUGACAAAGUUUUACCGGUACAGCAUGAUCAUCUCAGAAGAAAAAGCUGUUAAACCAGAAAAGGUGGAGGUCUGAACUUUGCGGAAUGAAAAGUAACCCCUCAGACUUGCCUGGUUCUGGUCACGUUUCUCAGCUCUCUCAUGAAGUGUAUCGGUCUGUGGCAUCGAGUUAAUUAUUUAUGUGUGGUCAUGUUGCUGCCGAAAGAGCUAAGAGGAAACACUGAGGUCACUUUUACACAGUAACACACCGAGGACCAGGGAGGAUGUAGUUGUGGUCAUUUUCACAAGUCUACAACACUCACUGUGAGUAGUUAAAAUAGAGCCUAAGUAAUAACCUUCAUAUUACAGCCGUCAUAUGAAGUUUAGACCGCCUGAGUAAAGGCGUAACGAAUGGACUGGUCACUGAAUACUGAUUAUUGGGGAAGCUGCAGCUUUACUGGUUGCUAAUGUCCACCUGUCUUCAUUAGUCUUGAUUGUCCGUCCCAUAGACUGUAUAUAGAAUGGAUGCCGUCUGCCUCCUCGCUGGGUGAAGCCACUCCGAGAACAGCACCCCCUGGUGACGGGCUGCAGUAUUGGUCAUAAAUCCCACCACCUCCAGCAAAGCUUAUGGAGCUGUGGACAAACUUUAGAAAUUUAUUACACAGAAUAUACAUUUUUCUCACCCUGGUUGCGAUGUUGACAUGUAGUUACUGUCACACUGGUGUCUCAACAAGUCCCCUUUUUUUCUGCACAGCUCUGUUUUUAAAAGUUAUUAGGGGGUUCAUGUUUUCUAUGAUUGACACUUGAUACAGCCUAUGGGCGUACAAGGAUUGCGUAGCUCACCUGGUGGAUACGCUGUUUGAGCCGAGUGUCAUCACAGCGACUCUCGGCGACUCCCCCACUGCACAACGCUACUGCGCAAGUGGUGGAGUGGACUGAACAAUGUUGGUUUCACGAAGUGGAGAAAAAACACGGAAUAACCGAGUGCUUUUCAGCUUCAAAUCCGUAUGCUGGCCAAAGGCGGAACUAAGUUGUCCAAAAUAUAUACAGUCUAUGGUUCAUCCUUGAAUUUAGAGCUCAGAGUGAUUACAGAGGAUGUCGGUCAUUUAAAGACGUUCCAGAGUUUCCUCUGUGAUGAAGAGAAAUGGUGGCGAGGUCAAAGGUCAGACUGAACUGCAGUAAUAAUAUGAGAGAGAAGAGAGGAGGACUGACAGUGUUUCAUACAGACCUUUAAAACAGUCAAACACAGAGCUCCAGGUUCGUCGGGGUGUUUUCUGUCACUUGUUCCUCCUGCUGUGAUUUCAGUCUAUGAAUGAAACUCCCACACACUCACACCCACAACCUUGACCCACUCUGAGCCGCUUCCUGUUGUUUCCUGAGCGAGGUGACAGCUGAGCGGAUGCAGGGAAACGGGGUGAGCUGCUGUUUACCUUCAGGUUUCCCAUCAGCCCCUUUUAGCACCGUCCCUCCAGGCUAAUUGCGGGCGGAUGGUGAAAGAGGUGGAGAGUUUUAUUGGAGCUGAGAGGCAGUCCGAGUCAGCAGAGGAAGAUAAACAGCUGUUUUAUCUGUUAGUGCUCUUCAUAUCGUGUCUGUUUGAGUGUUUUUAUAAUCCUGCUGUCAGAUGGGCGAGAAACAAGAAUGAUCAGCAGCUGUUUGAGGAGAAGAGCUCCAAAUAUCAUGAAGUCAGUAAGGGAUGAAGAAACUCAGAAACCUUCUGGAUUUGUCAGAAAAGGUUCAAAGAUGGAGAUAAGCCGAGAUCUUUGGCCUUAUAAAAAUGAUCCUAUUAUCAUCAAGAUUUUUCCCAAAGUUACACAAAAGGGGGACUAGAGUAUGAACAAACUGAGGGCUGUGACUGACCCUGGUCCUUGUCAGAGUAAAAUGCAGGCCUGAAUCUCAGUGUAGUCCAGGUGAGGGCUUAUGCUGCGUUCGAGUUACCUAGGAAGUCAGAUGUCCGAGCUGGGAAUGACGUCACACCCGAGUUACCAGCGCCAAGUCAGAAAAAAGCAGAAUCAGAAGUGAAAACUAUAAGCAAAAUUGUCCUUGCUUAUAUUCGGACAAGGCAAGUGCUAAAAUAACAUAGAUGUAGCCAUCUUGUUUCCGCCUCCAAUUUUGCUUUUUUCCGACUUGGUAACUGAAACUCUGGUAACUCUGGUGUGACGUCAUUACCAGCUCAGACUCAUGACUUCUGGCGUAUUUGAACCAGUGUUGUUUUCGUUGACGAUAACGAAAUAUUUUCUCAACGUCAUCAUCAAUGAAAACAACACUGCAGAGUAUAUGUUUAGCAUUUGACUGACGAAAUGCUCAUGAAUUUUGCAACUCCGUUCAUCUUCUACCAUGAACGUUUUCGUCUAGCCUCGUCUCGUCAAUGUAAACAUGUAUUCGUCUCGUCACAUUUUAGUCAUCUAAGACUUAUGUUCAGCUCGUUUAAUAACAGUGUUAAAAUACUGUGAUGGAGGUGAAAGUCUGGCUUUAAGAAGAGACUGUGAGAGUGGAUCAGAGAGAGGAUUUGUAGUACCAGUUUACUAAGUGUGAAUUUUCUUGAAUAAUAAACAAACCAGCAUGCUUUAGUGAGCAAAAAACUAAUAUUUUCACUAUUUCCUUUAAAGUUAAUUACAGUUUUAUGGUUUGUCGGUCACAUAAAUGUCUGUGGUCAUUUGUGGUUAUUGCAGACAACAAAUCAGACAUGAUCGUGUUUGAUAAUCAAUCAAAUAACCGUGACCAUAAUUUCUGCUGUAAUCAAACAUAUCUGAAACCCUGAAAUAAAAGCAGACAUGAAAACCAAAGUGUUGUGAGUGUGUGGACGUCUUUGUAUCAGUGGAGUGAAUCAGGAUUACUGAGACUCUGUGAGCACUCAGUCUCUGAUAAAGCUUUGGGUGUUUCACAGAUUAAGAGGUGAUGGUUAUCCCUCCUCCAGGCGGUGACAUCGAGACCUAAUGUCAGAGACGGAGACCUCUUGGCCUUUUGGCUGCAGGUCCUAGAGGUUUUGACUUCUGUGACCCUGAAAACUCAAACGGAAGUGCUGAGACCAGAAACACGGCGUCAGUUUGGGGAGGGAGAAGCGUGUGUGUGUGUGUGUGCGUGCGUGUGUGUGUGUUCGGAGGUUAAAACCUGGUUAAUGGAGGAUUAACCAUAAAGAGGGAUCAGUGUGUAUUAAGCACACACUCUUGUCCAUUAACAGAACUCUUUCUGUUUCUCCACUCACCUCCGUCAACGUUGAAGCCUACAUCUGACUCUUAACGUGAUUGGAGGAGGCCCAAGUGUGUCAUCGUAACGGCUCAACAUGAGUGUUUCACUUCUGGUUGAGAACUCGGCCCAAUCAGCACAGAGGAUUUUUGGCCAGCUUCCUGCUUGGUCAUGGUUUCACACUUCUGCAGAAAGGGAGGAUAAAUGCUGAUCUGUUUGUUUGUCUAAGUUUUCUGUUGAAUUUUAAAGAUUCAGAAAAGAAAACAGAAAAAAGAAAAAGUUUGAUGGUACACAAUAAAAAUAAUGGAACCAGAGAGAGAUAGAAAUGACUCAUGGAGAAAUUAAACAUGUCAACGUGUCGUCAAGAAGAAACAGAACUUUCUCAUCCACACUUUUUUUCUCAGUGUGGACAAGGUCUCAGACUGUCCUCUGUCUGUGUUUGUGUUAUUGUCUGCUUUGUGUUGCUUUGUGAUAAUUCAUAACAGCGGUCCUGCAGGGCUGUGUGUGUGUGUUUGUAAUGUCUCCUUAUCUGUCGGUCCUGUUUUCUCUGCUGCAGGACCUAUGCUGCAUGCUACCUGCACACUGCUAACAUCCUGCUAACAUCCCACUACCACAGGAAGCUGCUUCACCUGCGUGAGUGCAGAAAAAACAGAAUGUGCACUUAACCGUAGAGAUGACACACACUGUACUAAACAAAAUCUACGAAGACUGAUGCAGGAUUUACUGGCAUUACAACUCCAUCUCGUGUAUACACCUGAGUGUCCUGGUCUCAUAUUCUCUGUAUAAACCAACAGACUGUAACCCUGUUUGUUUCUGAGUGAUGGUUGAAGGACGGUGACCCAGAGGUGAACUGUCAUCACAUGGUGUUAAAAGUUCUUAACAAAGAGGAUGUAGCUGCUGGGAAUCCUCCCCCGAUUGAGAAAGAGAGCAGAAGACCAGCUUUGAUGAAGACAGAGAGAGAGAGAGAGAGAGAGAGAGAGGGGGACGUGAGGGUCGGUGGACGGCAGCAGCAACUGUCUGAUGGAUCAUCUCAGCCUGAUGUUCCACAGAUGUCAUGUGUUCAUCUCAUGAACAGUGAGGUCAUGGUGAACUUUCAGAGGACGAUGAAGUCAUGAAGAUAAAGAUAAUGUGAAGAGGACACGCUGCUCCCUUUGGAUAAAAGGAUGGUCACUGAGAGAGGUCAAAGGUCAGCUGGGCCCUUUGACAGCCCUUUGACAGAUGUGGAUUAAAUGACUUUAUGUCUGCAGCUUUGAGAAAUACCAGCUCAGGCUGCUGUUUUCUUUCUUCUUUGACCUCUGAAAUGGCUCAUCAGUCAUUUCUGCAGCGCCACCUGCAGGCUGAGAGUCUAAACACGGCAUGUUAAUACAGGCAACAAAAGAAAGAGAGACAGAUAUAUCAGAGGAAUAAGGCUGCAACCAAGGACUAUUUUAACAGUCAACUAGUCACUGACUAUUGAAACAAUUAGUUCGCGAAUUGGAUAAUUCUGAAUUUUUUCUUGAAUUUAACAUUUUUGCCCUAUCUAGGCGAAAGUGCUCCCAAACUUUGGAAGUUUUUUAACGCAUACUCGUAGCUGCAGUACGGGAUGCUGGCGCCGCCAUGUUUGAAUACCUUACCUCUCGGCGGCGGACUCUAGAGGAAGAUCGUAAUGGAGUAAAAUGCCUCACUCCACUGGAAAAAAUACAUCUGGCGACAAAGUCGACAAUGGAAUUCAUGGUCGACUUUUUUCUUUUUUUUUUUUUUUUUCAUUAACAAUGUUGGCUAAUCAUUGCGUCCCUACAGAGGAAUCAAUAAAAACAUCUAAAUACAGAAACAAUCGUGAAAGCAUAAACAUCUGAAAAACAGAUUAAUAAAAUCACAGAGUCUAAGCUUCUUAGUAAAAAUAAUCCUAAAGUUGUGAAAUCAGAGCAAUGACUGACUCUGGCAGUCUGAGCCCAGACUCAGGAAAAGUUCAGCCCCCUUUGGUUUUCAGUUUAGCCUUUGGAACAGCUUGAAAAACUCUACGAGAGGGUCUCAGACGGGUUCAGAAGUGGAGAACAGUUUUUCACAGUCAGGUGGGGCAAGACUAUGUGAAGCCAUAAAAACCUGCAGAUGUAGAUCAAAUGAUGUUGGCACACUUGUUGGCUCUGGUUUAAGUCUUGAUAAAGUGGUCUAGUCCAGGAUCUGGUUUCUUUCUUUGGGCAGAUCAUGAGUGUUAUGAUGUUUAUUGUGUGUACCACAUCAAAACUGAUGCAGGCCAUUGUGUUGACUGUGAUAAUAGACUUUAGAUCCAUAUGAAUGAUGUUACUGAUAUUAUUAUAACACAGUAGAGUGACUCCUUAGUUCAUACAGUUUACGUCUCAGGAUUUGAGUUUGAAAGGUCCCAAAACCAACAUUUGUAUUUUCAGUUACAGGUUUUCAUACAAAUGUGUAUUUUUGUGUAUAAAGACACAGUUUUAUAUCAAACAAAUAAACAUUUCUUUCUCUGAUUUCACUCAAUCUCAGGAUAUGAAACCAUCUUGUUCUGGACCCUCACAAUGAUGUCACUUUUUCUGUAGAUAUGACGCUGUCCCCGGGGAAAAAUUCAGAAGUUUAUCCGUCCUCUCAGGCUCUCAGAAACUUUAAGCUUUAUCCAUCUUAACUUUGACUCUUUAUUUUUGGCAGCCAUUCAUCACAGUAUUAUGGAGAUUUGACUCAGGCCAGGGGGAGUGGAGUCAGACUGUCAUACCUGAGAGAUGGUCUAGUGUUGGGAGGAUAUGAAUAUGGACGAUUGAUCCAGACUGUGAUAUUGAUUAAUGACAAGUUUUACCUGAUAUGAUGAUCAGUUAUUCUCUGGGUUUUAGUCAGUGAAGUAAAUGAACACAUAAACACCUCUCAGCUGGUCUAACUGAGGACCUUCAGUGUCACAGCGGUCCAGACUUUUGUCUACAUGAAUCCCUGACCAUCUCCUCCUCCUCUUCUUCCUCAGUUCCCUGAAUGUGGGUUUUUCGGGAUGUACGAUAAGAUCCUGCUCUUCCGUCACGACCUGAACUCGGACAACAUCCUUCAGCGUCUGACCUCGGCAGACGAGAUCCAUGAAGGAGACCUGGUGGAGGUGGUGCUCUCUGGUAAGACCCUCUGAUUCUUCAUGUGGUAACUAGUCAGCUCUGAGAUUAAUGUUUGUAGUUAGCCUCCAGCUGCUGACCCUCAGAUCCGGGAUCUGAGCUCCAGCACUUUGGUUGGAUUAUGAUUCAUGUUAGCGAGACAGAGGGAUGAUGCUGAUGAUGUAAUACCUUUAAAACGCUGCACGCUGUUCUUAUCAGCGUCUCUGGGAACCUGCUGCAAGUCUCCGGCUGAGACUUAAAGACUGGAUUUAGGGGCUGAAGCACACUUUUCUAACUCUUGAGGAGACAAAUGGAGGCCACUGAAAUUUCCAAUUGCCGAUCAAUAAGAAAUAUGUGUUUAUAUCAUGACUGUGACUGCAGCUCCUGGUUGCUUUGAACAAGAGAGACAGGGACGCUGAGACAGAGACACUUGCUCAGACAGAGUUUUCAGGGCUGACGUAAGAAGAGUCCUGGAGUCCGCAAAGACAUGAUGAGGACGGAUGAGGAUCUCAGGGGCAGAUUCAGGGAUUUAGGGUACCUCAGCCCCCCCUUGAAAUUUGACUGAACUUUGAUUGGUUAUUCGCCUUAUCAUAGAUGUGGCCUCUGCUCGUGUCCCGCCUGCUUUUGCUCUGUUUUUCCUGCAAACACCCAAGUGUUUUUAAACCCACUCACAGGAAACCUCUUUAUGUUUUGAAGCGCAGCAUGAAUUAACUUUGGCUGCUAGAUUGUCUCAGCUUCCUGCGCCCUCUCUGGUGUUAUUCCUUCUGUGGGUGAGAACGGGGGGGAGAAAGGGGUGAGGUCGCCUCAGAUCUAGUUUCCUCCACCGCAGAGUCGCUCGGAUCACCCUGCACACUCUAACCAUGAUUCUGUGUACAGGAUUGUCAUUUCCUGUACGGUGUUGACAGGUUUGGUUGUAGAAACUCAAACUGACACCUGAACAGCUGAACACCCGACGCUGCAGAGCUGCAGGUUCAAAUGACAGCAGAGGAAGGAGGAAACAAAAGACACCACCUGAACUGUACCGACUCUAACCCACCACCACUUCCUCCUCCUGCCGCUUCUCCUCGUCUUCAUGCUGCUGCUGCAGAAAACCUGCAGAGCUGAGCCGCUUCAUUUCUCCUUAAAGUCUCUGCUUCUGUUUGAAGAGCAUUUAACAUGCCUGACCCAUAAGAAGACAAGCACAGGGGCAAAACCAGCCUGAGAAAAUAAACAGAUGCAUGAGUUCUUUCACCUCUUGAACACCUCAGACUGCACGAGUACAGCUGUCGAACUGUGACGAUUCAAGACUCCAUGGAGCUCCAGGCUCAGACUGCACAAUGAACCACAAAUUUACUAAUGCUGAAAUAGGGCUGGGAGAUAAAACAAUAACGAUAUAAAUCGAACAUUAAUUUCCCUCAAUAUCAGUAUAAAACAUGGUCAGUAUGAUUUUCAAUAGUCGGUAUUCUGCCAUGUUUUGGUAGACUAUACGAAUAGCCAAUAAAAAGGGAAGCUGUUCGGGUUUCUCGCUGAACCAAUCGUGCCGAAUUAGAACCAAGUAGCAAACUGCGUAGUCGCUGGCUGCAGCUACAUGGAACCAUAGAACUUUAACACGUGAAGCUGACAGCACUGUCGGUGAGGAAAAAAAGAAAAUUAGUGGUACCCCCGACGGAAAUGCAGAUGAAGGCUCAACAGAUGAUGACAUCGUCAACAACACUAGCACGAAAACGUCGGUGGUGUGGAGGGUUUUUUUUUUGUUGUGGUUUUUUUUAGGUCAGACAUGAAGCAGAGUAUUGUGCACUGCAAAUCAUGUCGAGUACAUGUUCUCGCAAAGUCGGGGAAUACCUCAAAUCUUUUUAGCCACCUGAAGUAGUGCCACGCGGCAGAGCACGCACAAUGCAAAAGGUUACAAACCCCAAGCAAAGCAAGGAGCCCAUGGCGCCCGUGCAACCAAAACAGCCGACCAGUCUGUCUGCUUUUUCUAGUGCAACGCCUUACGACAAAAUGUUGAAGAGACACAAAGACUCACAGAUGCAGUAUCUUAUUAUAUAGCAAAAGACAUGCUAUCAAUAAGUACUCUUUAAAUUUCAUUCUUUAUAUUAUGAUAUAUAUAUCGACUAAUAUAAAAAAAACAAAUAUUUUGAUACACUUUUUCCCAUAUCGCCCAGAACUAUGUUGAAAAAAUGCUUUUGCAAUCAAGUCUUCAUUUAUUUCCCUGUAUGAAGAAUGAUUUAUUAUUAAUAAUUUGUGUUUCCUAACUCUGUGUUCAAUUAGCAUUAACCUAACAGACAGAGCUUAAUAAAGAUAUUUUUUACUUAUUCAUAAAACUUGUAGUUUUUGACAAUCACGUCCCUGGAACAUGCUCUAACAGGAUAGACCCAGUUUUAGGGUUUUAGAGUGGCCCUGUUAACAGGAGGGUUGAAAGGUCAGGUAACCUGUGCUGCCCAGAGACCUACAGUGAGUCCAAGAAGUAUUUGAUCCCUUGCUGAUUUUCUUCGUUUGCCCACUAAUAAAGAUGUGAUCAUUCUGCACAUUUAAUGGUAGAUGCAUUCUAACAUGGAGAGACAGAAUAUCAAAAAGAAAAUCCUGAAAAAAAUCUAAGGAAUAUAUAUUAAUUGAUUUGUAUUUCAUUGAGGGAAAUAAGUAUUUGAUCCCUCAGUAUGCAUUAGGAGUUCUGCCUUUCACAGACCAGUUAGACACUCCCAAUCAGCUUGUUACCUGAACUGAAGCCACCUGUUCUCACUAAUCACUUGUGUGAAAAACACCUGUUCACAGAAUCAGACAAUCUGACAGAUUUCAAGUCUCCAACAUGGGUAAGACCAAAGAGCUGUCUCAGGACCUCAGAGUCAGGAUUGUUGACCUCCACAAAGCUGGAAUGGGCUACAAAAAGAUUAGCAAGGUGUUGGAUGUGAAAGUAACAACUAUUGGUGCAACUGUUAGAAAAUUUAAAGAGUAUAACAUGACCAUCAACAGACCUCGGCCCGGUGCUCCAAAGAAGAUUUCACCUCGUGGGGUGACAAUGCUCCUGAGAACGGUCAGAAAUCAUCCUGCAACCACUCGUCAGGAGUUGGUAAAUGACCUGAAGGCAGCUGGGACCACAGUUUGCAAGGAAACAAUUGGCAACACUUUGCGCAACAAUGGAUUAACAUCCUGCAGUGCCCGAAAGGUACCCCUGCUCAAGAAGGCACAUGUGGAGGCGCGCCUUAAGUAUGCCAAUGAUCACCUGAAAGAUGAACCAAGUUAUUGGGAGAAGGUUCUGUGGUCAGACGAGACGAAAAUUGAACUUUUUGGCCUCAACUCUACCCACCAUGUGUGGAGGAAGAAAAAUGCUGCCUAUGACCCCAAGAACACUGUGCCCACCGUCAAGCAUGGAGGUGGAAGCAUAAUGUUUUGGGGGUGUUUCUCUGCCAAGGGUACAGGGCUACUUCACCGCAUCACUGGGAAGAUGGAUGGAGCCAUGUACCGUACAAUCCUGAGGGACAACCUCCUCCCCUCUGCCAGGAAGCUGAAAAUGGGCCGUGGUUGGGUCUUCCAACAUGAUAACGACCCGAAACACACAGCAAAGGCAACAAAGGAUUGGCUCAAGAAAAAUCACAUGAAGGUCAUGGAGUGGCCCAGCCAGUCUCCGGACCUCAAUCCGAUUGAGAAUCUAUGGAGGGAGCUGAAGGUCAGAGUUGCCAAGCGACAAAAUUCCCCCUGGUGUGUGUGCUAAACUUGUGGUUAACUACAACAAACGUCUCACUGCUGUGCUUGCUAACAAAGGCUUUGCCACUAAGUAUUGAGUGUGUUUGGCUAGAGGGAUCAAAUACUUAUUUCCCUCAAUGAAAUACAAAUUAAUUAAAAUAUAUUCUUUAAAGUUAUAUUCUGGAUUUUUGUCUUGAUAUUCUGUCUCUCCAUGUUAGAAUACAUCUACCAUUAAACGUGCAGAAUGAUUACAUCUUUAUUAGUGGGCAAACGAAGAAAAUCAGCAAGGGAUCAAAUACUUCUUGGACUCACUGUAUAACAGGAUCAGAGUCAGACUCUGUUGUCUUGUUUGUCCUCUGUAGUGACUGCUUUCCCACAACAAAAGGCCGCUUGGGUUUAGGUGCGCUUGCAUCUGUAACUCGUUCAUUCAUUCAGUCCGCCAGAGUGUUAAAGGUAAUUUAUUGUUCAAAAAAGGAAGAAAACUUAGUCUAAUACUGAUCCAGGUCCAAACUUUUGCCUUCGAAUGAAAGCUGAUAUGAUAAAAUGAAGGUAGAGGGAUGAGUGAAAAACAGUCAGAACCCAUUGUCUCUGACUACACCAGUCUGUUUAAAUAACCUGCGAAACAUCCCAAAAGCACACCCCUCAGUAUCGAUCCCUGGAAGUGACAUACCUAUCAGAAAAAUCAUACCCUCAACAAAUAUAUUUUGGCUCCUACAUCCUCUUUAACCUGGCUCUGGCUCGGCUGUAGUCGUAGUGAUGUUGGCUCACUCAUGUUAAAAACUCUGUUCCCCUCUGAUGUGUUUUUCUACAUGCUCUCAAUCUGAUUGAGCGCUGACAUGACAGAGUUGACUCAGAUCAGCAGUGAUGUCGCUCUUAUCUCCUCACAGAUGGGGAAGUUAAAACCCUUCAGAGUGUCUGUGCAUCUGUCUAAAGCAUAUCCAGGUCAGGAGAUCCUCCAGGCUGACCCUCUGUGUCUUGUUUCAUGUCAGCUCUGGCCACAGCAGAGGACUUCCAGAUCCGCCCUCACGCGCUGUACGUCCACUCCUACAAGGCGCCGGCGUUCUGCGAUGACUGCGGGGAGAUGCUGUGGGGGCUCGUCAGGCAGGGCCUCAAAUGUGAAGGUGAGGAUGUGGUUUUACCCUUUGGGGUUAUUUAAGGUCAUGCCAUGUAAAGGUGACUCCAUGCUGCUCUGGUUCACACCUGCAGAAAUCUCAUCUAGAUUAACAGACUCCAUUCAAAUCAGAGAGCAGCAGAUUUCUCUGAGCUGUGGACUUAGAUCAGAUCAGAUAGUGGAGGUGAAGGUCAUUUGAAUACCACAGUUAUACCACGUUACACAUCAUACAUUCAUGGUUUAACUCUUGAAGUUUCUGCAGAUUAAUUCUACAAAAUAAAGACUGAAUUACAAACAGUCAAAAAAUGCAGCUUGUUCAACAAAUCCUAAUUUUUUAAACAGUGUACCCGCAGCCUCCACUUCACUCUGCUGCAUAAUGCUCUGUGUAAAUGUUAUAAAAUACAAACUACAGACCAAAGAGGCAGUGAUGCUGUUAAACACCAGAAAACUAAAUUCACAGAAAACUAUUUUUAGAUCUUCUUCAGAGAGUAAAAGUUUAUUCUGAGGACGGUGCAGCGAGAAGGUCAAGUUUGUUCAGAGUUAAACACAGCACGGUGACUAUUUCAGGACGUCAGGCUCACGUAGUCUCACAUCAAGGCUCUGCAGCUAAAGAUGCUGUCUUAUAACAGCUCGCUAAAGGCACCUCCUUUUCACACCUUAAACUGCACGUUGUUAUCAGUUUAAAAAAUCUUACCUCAGGUCUGAAAGGCUGCAGCUGGUGGAUUUGCAAAGACACAAGCAGAAGAGUACUGAGAAAAUAACAUGAAAAAGUAUAUAAAUGUCUGAAUCAAUGAACUCCCACCUAACCAGGAAAUAUGGAGAUAUCUGUAGACUUGUUCAUGCUGUGCUUUCUGUGUCAGGAUCUGCUUUAGUGAUUUAGCCAAACUUUCAAUUGUCUGUGAAUUUAAGAAUGUCGUUAGGUUCUGGAAAUCCAGGCCUGUAGUCCACAGAACUUUUACAGAACCUUGUACCAUCAGGGCUGAAAAUGAGUUUCUUUUUUCCAGGAUGUGGACUCAACUACCACAAACGCUGUGCGUUCAAGAUCCCCAACAACUGCACAGGGGUCAGGAAGAGACGCCUCUCCAAUGUGUCCCUGCCGGGGACUAUCAUGUCCAUCGCCCGUCCCCCUUCCACAGAGUUCACCCCGAUACCACAGGAAGAGGUGGGUGACAGACAGUCACUGAUGGCUUUUAUGUCAGGGAAUCAAACAGUGGUUUACAGAUAAGAUGGUACUUUCCCUCCUGCUUAGGACUUGCUCACUGAUUUCUGCACCCUCGCACCAUGACAUGACACAUCCCUAAAUCUAAAUACAAAGAUCUGGGUCUGAAUCACCGUGCAAAGUUAAGCUCGGUCUCCUCUCAGUCCACACAUGUUCAGGUCCAGCUGGAAACUCUGAAGUGCCUGAAGGUGUAAUUGUGAUUGAGGGCGGUUGUUUGGUCUACUCUGUAUGUGUGUCAGCAUGUACCCUGCCUCUUUCCCCUAAUCCGCUCAGCAAGGCACUCCAGAGCAGCUUUAAUAGUUUAGAAACCAGAUUAAUCGAUGACCAGGAGACAGACAUGUUUUUAUCAGGUAGGAGGGCUGUCUGAGACUUUCACACUUUUGAAAACGUCAUGCUUUGAAACGGCAGAUACUUCAUCAUUUAUGUGAGAGAGUAUUCAAAAGGCCAACGCUCCCAAGCUGAGAGGUAUCACCCCAACAUUCUGAUCCUACAAGUGAGCUGACUCUACACCUCUCUGGCAUUAUAGACCCGCCAUCACCAAUCAGGAUACAAAGUUAAUGACUACAAAAGAAUACGAGUGAACUUGAUCUAACCAACCGUCUUUAUAAAGUUAGUGUGAUGGAGAAAAAAGUAUCAGAAGAAGUUCGACAGACCGACACCGAGCAGCAUGAAUGAAAGCAGAUCUGAGCUGUGCAGCCACCGAGCCAUUUUCAGCAGCCAUUUACACACACACACACACACACACACAAUAACUCUCUCUCUCUUUGAUAGCUGCAGGCUAACCACUGGAUUUUCCAUCCAGUUCACAAGCCAUUGAACAAAGUGAUUCACAGUCAGCUUCAUGCUAACUGGAACAAGCACACUUCUGUCAAUUCCAUCACACACACACACACACACACUCUCUCUCUCUCUCUCUCUCUCUCUCUCUCUCUCUCUCUCUCUCUCUCUCUCUCUCUCUCUCUCUCUUUCACACACAUACACACACACAGAGCAGUGUAAAGGCUGAGUGAGUGUUUCAGCAUUGACGUGACUGUAGAUAACUACACUCCUCUAAUAUGUCGAACACUUUUCCAGAAGACUCCAGAAUCGUGUUUUUCCUCCGUCCUGAUACUUUCACAUGUUCAGGAGGAGAAGGAAGGAAGUCAGUGAUCUGCUCUCUCCUGUUUAUGUCGCUCAUUCAUGGUGGAGUUGAAUCAUCAGUCUGGUUUUACUGUCACUGAACUGUCUGGUGGAUAAUGAAACAGUCACAGCUGAAAAAUCUUCGCUAGAGUAAUUCAUAAACCCUGAACCUUGCUCAUCUGUUUAGAUCACUCAGUUUCACAGAACAACCCUGAACAUCAGCUCUGAACAUUUGAGCCGUCUGAUUGUUUCAUUUGUAAGAUAAAUUAAGAUAAAUAAAAUAAGAUAAAUUUAUCUUAAUUCUCUUGCUAUGAUAGGGCUGAAUAUUAGUCUUUUUAUUGCCGGUAUGAGAGACACAUUUUUAAACCCCUUUCUGGCCUCAUUUCCUCCCAUUUCUUUUUACAAUAAACAGAAGUGUCUUUUCUUGCUGCUACUGAACUAAUCACCAAAAUAAUGAACUGAAUCCUAAAAUAAUCAAUCUAUGCAGCCUUUACUGAAAGAAAGAAGUCUUCAAAUUCACCCUCAGAACGGUUAUAGGGUGUAAAUGCGCUGAAGAAAAGUUCUAAUUUUUAUCUCGCCUCUAAGAACUCAAAUCUUGAAUAGGUUUUCCUGUUACUCUAAACGCACAUUUCAAAUCUUCCUCACCGUCUUCUUCUCUCCUCUUCCUCUCCUGUUUCUGGUGGAAGCAGCGCCCCCUCUUGGGUGCAGGGAAGCGUAACUCCCUGCUGAGCGGUCGUCCCAUCUGGAUGGAGAAGAUGGUUUUGGGUCGAGUUAAAGUCCCGCACACCUUCUCAGUCCACACUUACACCCGUCCAACGAUCUGCCAGUUCUGUAAACGUCUGCUGAAGGGCCUCUUCCGCCAGGGCAUGCAGUGCAAAGGUACGAGCGUGGAGAAGAAGAGUGAUGUCAAGGUGGCUAAAACAGAGGCCUCUUUUAAGGUGUCCUCAUCUUGUCUCCUUUCAGAUUGUAAAUUUAACUGCCAUAAGAGAUGUGCGGCCAAAGUUCCUCGAGACUGCCUCGGUGAGGUGGACUUUAACGGGGGUAAGUUUAUCCUGCUGCUACCAUUUUACUCUAUAAUGUUAAUGUUCGUAAUGUCAGACUAGAGAGUUAAAUUUAAGAGGAAACAAAAAUACGACAAAAGGGCAGCUGUAGAGACUUCUCUGUGUUUUCACUUUGUAUCAUCGUGUUUUUCUUCAAACAGGCCCAUAAAGAACAUCUUACAUGGUACAUGGUGAUGUUGCCGCUGAAUUAGCUGUUCGGGUUAAAUUGUUUUGUUCGUUUUCUGUCAUGAGACUUGAUAGUCCGACUCUUUGUGCCCUCCAGAACCAACCAGUCCCAGUCCGGACUCUGAGGUGACGAUGGAGGUCGACAACUGUGACGUCAACAGUGAUGGUGGUCACAGUAUGGACGAGCAGGAUGAGAUGACCAACGCUGAUGACAAGCUGUUCUUCAUUGAGGGUCCCUGCAUGGACAGUGAGAAAGAUGAUGAGACGCUCAGAGCCAUCAGGUGAGGCCGCGACCUUCAGACUGACCUGUAACCAACAGAACAUAUCCUGUUUGUUUGUCGGAAGAGUAAAAGCUCAUUUGAAAGGUUUUGAUUAGAUAUCUACUGACAGCAGAAAUUUUGUCUCCCUCAAAACAGAAGUGGAAUUCCUGAAGCUUUAUUUAUUAAAAUGGGGUUUCAACUGUGACGGCUUGAGCUGGUUUAUUUUGUAUUCAGUUUUUAUGGUCAUUCAAGGAGGACUUUCUUCUCAAGUAACAGUUUUAAGAUCACAUCUCAGUUUUUGACUGCUUGACUAUGACUCCACAUGCUGUUAGUAACAUCAUCAGGAGUUACGAUUGUGCAGCACCGUGAGGAGACAGAAGAUUCAUUAUGAGAAUCAGCUCGUUAAUAAUGAGCAGUUUGUCUGUUUUUCAGAGUAAACAGAGACUCGGGUCUGCAGAGUAGUUCUCACAUUUAACAGAUAAUCCACAUGUUUUAUAUGAAGUCAUCACAGCAGUCCAUAAUGACCUGCUCAGCUAUUGGUAAAAUGAGUUAUGGUUCACCUGCUCUGCCCAGAGUCUGAAUAAUAGUUUUAAUCACCAUUUUAUAUUUUAAGAAUUUACAAUUUACAUUUAAAGUCGUAGUCUUAAGUAUUUUCAUUAUGUCCUGUUGACCCCCAGCCCGUCGACCAGCAGUAACAUCCCUCUGAUGCGAGUGGUUCAGUCCAUCAAACACACCAAGAGGAAAAGCUCCACGGUGGUGAAAGAGGGCUGGAUGGUUCACUACAGCAGCAGAGACAACCUGGUGAGGAGACUAAAAGAGACACAGACAUGCAGGUGCAGAGUGUUUGUGUGCAAAAUAUCGAGUCAGAGCAGCACUCGGCCACUGAGCUUCGAUAAGGAGCUUUUUUAUUUGUUCAAGUGUUUGAAUGGAGCACAAACAGAAAAAUCUGACUGGCCUUUAUCAGCUUUGUGCCACUUAAUAGUGAUCAUUAUUAAUUCAUAAAUCUUUAAAUAAGUAGCACAUAAACUAACCGACUUCCUUUAACAUAAAGACGGUUUGAGAUUUCUGUUGGUCUUACAAUUAACAUCAUGAUAUCUGUGUGUGUGUGUUAAACUGAGAUACUUUGUGUUUGAUGGAGUUUAUUGUGUCCACAGAGGAAGAGACAUUACUGGAGGCUGGACAGCAAGAGUCUGACUCUGUUUCAGAAUGAAAGCGGAGCCAAGUUUUACAAGGUAGGAGAUCUGCCGGUCUGCAGGGAUCUGGUUUCAGCCGCUGGAUCAGAUGGGGGGGGUCAGGUUUGCAAACAUAUAAACAGUCAAGAUGCAUUAACACAAAAUACACGGCAGGGGGACGAGAUAGAACUGAGAGAGAGAGGAGGUGAACCUGACAGAGGUGAGGUGACACUGGGUGAGCUUAUCUGCAGCUUUUUUCAUGAUGAGAGGCUUUUUCCUCUUUUCAUCUCCGAACAGACAGCGGCCCGCUGACCUUCACCACGAAGCGCAGCAGAGACCUUUCUUUGAAAUGAAAGGUGGGGCUGGGUUUGGGGGGUGGUGGUGGGGGGGUGCUUUCUGGAAUGUGAGUUUUCCUCCCACUGUCUCUCUGGUCUGCGUCCACGCUGCCUCGUGCUCAAAUAGGCCGAGCAACGUCCUGCCUUUUAAUCAGAGCAGCAGGAUGAAGAGAUGCUGAUCGGUUUGUGGUCAGGGGGUGGAGAGGGUGGAGGGUGAACUUGGCAAAACACAAAACGUUGGGCUGACAUUGAAGCGCUUGAAGCAGGAUUGAAUGUUUGAUCUGGCAGAGUUUGGGCUGGUGGAGGAAAAAGGAAGGAAAGGAAGUUUGAAACGCUGAAAUUCAAAGAGCGUCUCAGUUCAGCUGACAGCAGAGGUGUGAGGAUGGAGGGAGCUGGACUGAGCCUUUUUUAGACCUUUUAGAUUCUCUUUAUGGCUAAAAUGACUUUAAAAAAGAGAAAUGUUGCUGAGCUUCAGAGAAAAGAUGAAUAGAGUUUGGUUUGAGAGCUGAAAGUUCAGGUGUGUGAGGAAAGAAAAGCAGAUUUUCUGAUCACUGCUGACCUUUAACAGUUAGUAACAGACCCUUAAAGUGAACUGUAGUUUCAUUUUUAUGUUUCUUUCACUAUAACAGGAGAUCCCCCUGUCCGAGAUCCUCCAGGUGGAGCCGGCUCAGGACUUUGGAAACCUUUCCCAGGGCGGCAACCCUCACUGCUUCGAGGUCAUCACAGCAAGCAUGGUCUACUACGUCGGUGAGGACAACGGCGGACUGCACCACAAUCCUGCUCUAUCGGCCUCCGGCGUGGGGCGAGAUGUGGGCCAAAGCUGGGAGAAGGCUAUCAGGCAGGCCAUGAUGCCUGUCACACCCAAGGCCAGCGUUGGGACCGGGCCCGGCCAGGGGAAAGACCACAGUGAGUAAUCCUACAAAUCUCAUCUUUGUGAGGUUUUAAACCAGACUCAGCAACACUUAAACCUGAGGUUACAUGAGAUUAUCAAGGUGAAAAAGGAGAUAUUCAUGCACAAUUCAGGACUCCAGUCAGUCGGUUCUCCAGUUUAUAAGAGAAACUUUUGAAACUGUGUCUUCCUGAAGUUUCUGAGACACAGUUUUCCGUUAAGUAGGAAAUCCUUCUUUGUGAUCUCUGUGAUGAUUUAACCUCCAACAGCCCUGUGAGUUUGUCUCUAAGAGAGAGAGAAGGUGAAGACGUGAAAAAGACUGAGUCUCUUCAGAUCAGACUCUCAGAUCUCUUCAAGCUUUAAAAUAGGUUUGGGCUUUUACUGCUGAGAGCUUCAAAAUACUGAUUCACAGGAUUGACACAGACUGGCUGCGUGCUGACAUUUUAACAUGAUUGAAGGGAUUUCAGAGGAUUUCCCGCUCUGACUCAUCUCAGGUUAAAGUGUCUUUUUCUCUGAGUUUUGUGUUUCAUCUCCAAAUGAAAUCUGCAGCACUUAAAGAAUAAAUUCAUCUCAUUCAUAAACAGUUAUUAUUGUUUUAGUCAGCUUUAUUUUGAAGGAGUCAGUCAGCGAUGUUCCCAGCUGGUGAGUAAUUAUCGUCACCUCUCCAUAAAUAGAUGUUUUUAUCAUGAAAUGACAGCAACAGAUCAAUAAGUUAAUGGACGGCUUAUGUAAUAGUAUUUUUUUAGAGGACCAGACUCACUUCCAUGAUUGUUAACAAGAGGAAAUAAACAUAAUCAACCCCCCAAUCAACACACUGAGCCUCAAAUCCAGAUCCAGUAGUCUGGAGUCUGUCUCUGCUGUCUUUGGACGAGAGGCUCUACACCAGCCAGCCUAUCACAGGGCUAACACACACACACACACACACACACAGGCGUGUCUUUGGACUGUGGGGGAGGAGCUCAAGCACCCAGAGAAAACCUGGGGGCAAUGUGAACUGCACACAGGAAGGUUCCUGUCUGAUCAGAGGCUGAAGCAGGAACUCUUAUCAGGAGGCACCAGAACUAACAGGACCCAGCAGAGCGGCCUGACUUGGAUCUGAGCAAAACAAUCCAACAGGUUAACCAUGAGAAAGCUGAAUUUACUGCAUGUUUGAUCAUUAAGACAUAAAACACAAAGGACAUUCAGGGAAUUCAUCACAUAUGAGUGGGCGGGGCUUACAGCUGACGACCAACCGUCCAGCGUUUAUUUGAUCUCAGCGGAAACAGAAAAUGACGAUCAGUCUAAAAGUAAAAUCCAGAUCAAUACUGACCCAUCAGUCCACAUAUUCACAGCUGAUCCGGACUCCCACAGUUAAGGCUUCCUGUUUCAUAAUGUUUCAUAAUGUUUCAAGUUUCAUAAAGUUUCAUAAUGAUGACCUCACCGCUGACCUGGAUAUCAGUUGGCUGCUUGCCCCCCGCAGACCAUCCUGAUCGACCUCAGAGGGUUGACCCCACUGCACCCCAGCCAGCCAUCUGAAAUCAAUAGCACAUCAUCAGUGGAAAUUCAGCGGAUGUGGAGGUUUAUUCCUGACUGAACAUACAGCUCACUUUGCUCUGUCAUAUCAGAGAGAUUCAACAGGAAGUUAAAGCUUUUAUUAUGAUCAAUCUGGAAAAAAUAAAAACCCUGAUCUGAGAUGAUGCCCAGGUGUUUCUAUGCAACUUUGCCUUCCACGUACAUUGACUCACUCUUUCUUUGCCCCUGUGUCUCCUCAGAGGAACUCUCCAUCAGCAUAUCAGUGUCCAACUCCCAGAUCCAAGAGAACGUGGUGAGUGAUCCUCUGUUUCAUCAGAGCCUGUCACAGUAUUUCUCCGAGAUUAUGACAAAUGCAUCACAUGAUUUCACCACUGACGACGCAUGUGUGAUAAAAAAUCACAUGAAUUGAAUUUUCAGGGACAGUUUAGAAAGAAACAGCAAAAACAGUCAGCUAAGUAACAGUGACAGACUGUAAAAUACCUAAAAAUCCAACAACAAGGCUGUUCAAAUCUCACCCAAGCAUGUUACCCCCUCGGCCCAGUUAGUGUGACUCAUGUUGACCCUGUCAAGGUCAGAAACAGCAGCUCUGGCACGACAUGUAUGCACUGUGAAAAAUGUUCUUUAUAAUGUUGUAGAGAGGUGCCAUUUACCCUCAUGUGUAUUUAUGUGUUGAUUUUUCCACUGUUGAACUCUGACCCCUGUCUGCUCUCCAGGAUAUCAGCUCAGUGUAUCAGAUCUUUGCAGACGAGGUCUUAGGCUCCGGACAGUUUGGGAUCGUCUACGGAGGUGAGACACCCGACAGGAAAAAAUCACUUAGAAUCAAAGUCAAAUCUUCACUUCCUGAAUGAAAACCAAAAAUCUGAUCUGGUCUCUUCUCCCCUAAAACAUCUAAAUAUUCUACAAGAAAUGUUGGUGUCAGUGUGUGGUAACCUCCUCAGUGCAUGACUCUUAAUGUCUUUACUCAUCCUGUCAAAAUAACACAUGUGCAAUACUUAUUAUGAUGCAAUAAUAUCACUCAUGGAGGAAUAACCUUUAUGGAGCAACAACCUUCUCUGAUAAACUGCAAUAACUUCAACGUGCAAACGUUUUUCCUGUUUGGUGCAAAAACACGUGAUUUCCUGCUGCAUUACAGACUGCACUGGACAAAUCCCUCAUGCCUGAUAUUGUCAUAGACGUCCUCUUAUUUAAUUUCAGGAUGAAAAUAUGUGAUAAACGUGAUGGAUAAUACUUUUUACUGUUUGAGGCAUAAAAAAUGUUGUCAAAGCAAAGUGAAAUGAAAAUAAGUGACAGAGUAUUAGGGCCACAUUAAAAAAAAAUGUUGACUUUAAGUUGUUAAUUCACGAGAAUAAAGUUGAAAUAAAGUAAUUACUUAUGAGAAUAAAGUCGAAUAAAAAUCAUUACUUAUGUGAAUUAAGUUGUAUUAAAAUCAUUACUAACAAGGAUAAAGUCAUAAUAAAAUCAUUACUGACAAGUUUACAAUCAUAACUAAUGAGAAUAAAGUUGUAAUAAAAUCAUUACUAAUGAUAAUAAGGUCAUUACUAACAAGAAUAAAGUCAUAAUUAAAUCAUUACUAACGAAAAUCAAGUGGUGAUAAAAUUAUUACUUACGAGAAUAAAGUAGUGAAAUUAUUACGCACGAGAAUAAAGCUAUUUGAGACUGAACAGGUGUUUGUUGUCAUGGAGAAGCUCCAUGGAGACAUGUUGGAGAUGAUUUUGUCCAGCGAGAAGAAUUAUAAAGUCGUAAUAAAAUUAUUACUUACAAGAAAAAAGUUAUUACUAACGAGAAUAAAGUUGUACUAAAAUUAUUACUCACAAGAAUAUUAUCAUUACUAAAGAGAAUUAAGUCGUUACAACAUAAUGACUUACAAGAAUAAAGUCAGAGUAAAGUCUAUCUAUUCUAACCUGUUGUUUAAGAUGACCGUAGUAGAAAUGAGAGCCAUGGAGCAUUUCAUGAAAAUGUCCUUCAAUAAAGGUUUCUCAAACAAGGAGAUACUUAAUUUUUCGGCACAUCAGCACCACAUUAUCAAAAGUAUUAUGAUUUUAUUACAAUUUUAUUCUUGUAAGUAAUGAUUUUAUUAUGACUUUAUUUUCGUUAGUAAUGACUUUAUUCUCGUAAAUUAACAACUUUAAUCUCGAAGUUUUCUAUUCUAUUCUAUUCUAUUCUACUCUUCCACUUCACUAAAGUCACUGACAGAUUUUCUUUAAAGGUGAGUCAGCAGGGAGGUAAAUCUAAUCUCUCCCUCCCCUUCAUGGUUUGCAGGUAAGCACAGGAAGUCCGGCAGAGACGUGGCGAUAAAAAUCAUCGAUAAAAUGAGAUUUCCCACCAAACAGGAGAGUCAGCUGAGGAACGAGGUCGCCAUCCUGCAGGUACGACCCCCACUGAGCCGAGCAGCUUCUCACUGUUUAAUCCAGGAUGAACUGGUGUAUUUAGUUAAUGCGUCUCUCCUGUUUCCCUGCAGAACCUGCACCACCCGGGGAUCGUCAACCUGGAGCGCAUGUUUGAGACACCUGAGCAGGUGUUUGUGGUCAUGGAGAAGCUCCAUGGAGACAUGUUGGAGAUGAUUUUAUCCAGCGAGAAGAGCCGACUGCCUGAACGCCUCACCAAGUUUCUGGUCACACAGGUCAGAGACGACUUGGAUAGUCUGGAACAUAAAAAGGCUUAAACUUGACCAGUGAUGUUUUUACUCUGUUAUUGUUGUUUUUGUAUUCAUGAUUAAGUCUUUAUUGAUUAUCCAAUUAAAAGCUUGAACCCUCACACUGCUGCAGUUACAACAGUAAUACUUAAUUUAGUGAUUUCAAUGUUUUUUAUGGGGACCUUUGCAGCUCUAGAGUUUGUGAUUUUUUUCAAGGCCAAACCAAGAAAGUAACAAAAAUGUGUCCAACCUCAAAUCCAGAAGGGUUCAGAGACAGGACUCAGAAUCAUGGGCUCAGAAUCACUUCAAAAUCCAUCGUCUGUGAACACAGCUCAUCAGGGUAAGGCUGAACCAGGUUGUGUCUGUCUUUCAGAUCCUGGUGGCCCUCAGACAUCUUCAUUUUAAGAACAUCGUCCACUGUGACCUGAAGCCGGAGAACGUCCUCUUGGCCUCUGCUGAACCUUUCCCUCAGGUCAGACCUCUUUUUCUCUCAGUCACGCUCAGGUAGGUCUUCAGAUCUUUGCAGCACCAUCACCCCCCUCUCUUCUCCACCAGGUCAAACUCUGCGACUUUGGUUUCGCUCGAAUUAUUGGCGAGAAGUCGUUCAGACGCUCGGUGGUCGGCACGCCGGCAUACCUGGCGCCUGAGGUUCUGCGCAGCAAAGGCUACAACCGCUCUCUGGACAUGUGGUCAGUUGGCGUCAUCAUCUACGUCAGUCUGAGCGGGACGUUCCCCUUUAACGAAGAUGAGGACAUCAACGAUCAGAUCCAGAACGCCGCUUUCAUGUACCCACCAAACCCGUGGAAGGAGAUCUCAGAGCAGGGUAAGUGAAGGAGGGAUCACGUCAAUGUGGGGGGAAUUAUGGUCGUACGCUUAAGUGAAACACCCGUCCGUCAAUUAAAGCAGAGGUUCAGAAAAUCUGCGUGUGACCAGCUCUUGGUCAUUAUUCAGACUUGAAACCACCACAGGAAAGACGCACAGACUCAGGACCCCUGAAUCUGUCAGAAAAGCUGACUGCAGACGAGUUCAGCUGUUUUCUGUGAGCUGAUAAAAUGUCUGGACUUGUAUUUGGCGUCAGAGGAAUGAAAGUCUCUAAGGGGAUAAAACAAGCGUCUCUGGUUUUACAGGUUUUUAUUUCAUUAAAGGUGGAAAAAUCCCCUCCACAGCAGAUUGACUCCUUCUUUCCCUUCUCAGCCACAGACCUGAUCAACAACCUGCUGCAGGUGAAGAUGAGGAAACGUUACAGUGUGGACAAAUCGCUCAGUCACCCCUGGCUGCAGGUAAAUCUUAUUAGUGUCAGACUGUGUCGUAAAUUUCAGAAUUUUGGUUUGACGUUUUGUUUUCUGAUGAAUUUUAUUUUGCAAAUUUUCCAGUUUUUCUUGAAAACUUAAAGUUUCAUUUCCAAAUUUGAACUCUGUAAAUGUUUGUAGAAUUUGUUUGAAUUUCCUGACUUAUGCUGCGUUCGAGUUACCUCGGAAGUCAGAUUCCGAGGUUACCUGAGUUACCAGUGUUUCAGUUACCAAGUCGGGAAAAAGGAAAAUUUGAGGCGGAAACAAGAUGGCUACGAAAGUUGUUUUAGCGCUUGCCUUGUCCAAAUAUAUGCAAGUACAUGACAAGCGCUAAAACAACUUUUGUAGCCAUCUUGUUUCCGCCUCAAAUUUUCCUUUUUCCCGACUUGGUAACUGAAACACUGGUAACUUGGGUGUGACGUCAUUUCAGUUGGACUUCUGACUUCCGAGGUAACUAGAACGCAGCGUUAGUUCUCAUAACUUCUCUCUCGUAAAUGUACGUUUUUUACUCAAUUAUCUUAAAUUUUGACUUUAUUCUUAUUCUUAUCCCUCUCACACCUCAGUCCUCCGUCCUAAACAAUGCCCCUAAAUUUAAACACAGAGUUAUACCUGUAGUAGAGCUGCUGGGAAACUCUCUGAUGGUCUGACCAAUCACAAUCUGACACUCCUUUUGGAAAUCCUCCUCAGUAAAUAAAGGAGGGAUGACUUAGAGCAGCCCACAGUUCAGAUCCAGCAUCUCUAUGAGGGAACGUUUUGAAAGUUCAGCCUCAUCUGAAGGAGACCAGAUUCAGAGAGAACAGUGAGUCUGUUUCAGUUUCAGGUGUUGCAGGAUUAUAAUCCUUGAUCUGGACUACAGACCGCUAGAUUAUUUUGCAACAAAGAUUCAGAUUUCUAAGGGAAUUUUCUUUUAACUUGAUGCAAGAUUUUUUUCUUUUCUUCACAAUUCAAAAUUUGAUCUGAAGGUCACCUGAUCACGGUUUUGAAUUAUGUCUUGUCCAGUGUGUUUUCAGAUUGUUAAUUUUAAAUCUUUGUCUCAGGACUACCAGACCUGGAUGGACCUCAGAGAGUUCGAGACGCGGCGAGGUGAGCGCUACAUCACCCACGAGAGCGACGACGCUCGCUGGGAGGAGUACGCCGACGAGAGGGGCCUGCACUACCCCAAACACUUCAUCAUGUCCCCCAACCUGGACGACAUGGAGGAGGACCCUUAGUGUCUGUGGAGGGUAAAUGUUUCUGAUGGGUGGACGGACCUGGUCUGGACUCUUUGGGGGGAACCUGGGGGAGAACAUGUUAUUGUGGCAGCAGCAGGGUGUGAGAGGACACUGAAACUCUGCAGCUUUAAUCAGGUCAGAACUUUGUAUGAACACGUCUGAACUUUUACCUGCUUCACUGCCAAAACACUCUGGGCCAAACACACCGAGGGGUCAGACCCGUCAGACUUAGUCCAAUCCAGAACCUUUACAGACUUUUCUCUUUAAACUGAGUUUUUAAAGAUGCGCUCAUUCUUACUUUUUACUCUGAUGAAGCUGAUUUAAAGAUAUGUGGGAUAUUUUCAUGCUCUGAGAUGCUAACUGGAACUUUAUCAACCGUGUCUUAAAUACACACCGUCUGUACUGUGUUCAUCGUCUUUGCACUGCUGGGAAACUGUUUCAAUUAACCGUAAGUUUGUCUGCAGAGUUUAAGUCAUUUCGAACCUGCGGGAAAAUGUUUGAUACACCAGAAGAAGUCCCACUGAACAGAUCAAAAGUGGACUCUGUCAGCUGUUGUCUGUUUGGAGCUCAGGACUUUUAGAAAUGAACCCGUCUGAGGAGCAGACGUGAAGCUGCUGAGGAACGUCUUAAGAGGAGCACCUGAGAAGGAGCUGCUGUGGACUUUGUGUUUCUGUGUGAACCUGCCUGAGAAAAAAAAAACAAGAGUUUGAACCUCUGAGACAAUUUUCUGAUCCGACUCCUGCCUGAGAUUUUACUCAACAAGUUUUAUAUUUUUACAAGAAAGUUUGUUAAUGUUGGAGACGCUUUGGUGUGAAAAUAUUAAAGCUGAACGUUUUACCUCA